AAAAAAAAAAAAAAGACCAAAAGAAAAAAGAAAAAAAAAAUAUCCAUAAUAGAACAUAAAAAGAGCUAAAAGCUGAAGUCCCUGGUGGCCUAGCCGUUAAGGAUCGGUGUUGUCACUGGUGUGGCUCAGAUCUGGUCUCUGCCCAGAAACUUCCACAUGCCUCCAGUGCCACCCAAAAAAAAACUGUGUGGCUCUCUAUCUGCAAGUGGAAUGUGUACCCUGCUGCUGGUGAGGAAUCAGCUCAGACACCUCUGAGUGUGUGGAUGCAAAAGUGAUUCCCCCACCAUGUUCGCAUAUUGUGCAAACUGCAGCUCCCAGGCAGGCAGUUGGGGGCAGCACCUGGACAGGGGGAGACGCUUCGGUUCCCUCGGGCCUUCCACACUCACCCAGGUACCCUGGGUGGUACCUGGCCUUACCCCUGCAGAGAGGUACACCUGGCCGUCACAUCCUGCCCAGGCCAUUGGCGCUAUAGUGUCUAUGUAACCAAGUAUGUGAGUCGGGGCAGCUGUGUACCUUGAACUUGUGACAGCGUGUGUUUGUGUAUGAACACAAAUGUUUGUGUGUGGAUGCCGGGCACUGAGGGAGGGUGUUGUGGGGGCCUCUGGACCUAUGAGGCCAGGCGGGGCCCUAGUCCAGAGUUCAGGGGUGGUGGGUGCCUCACUCUCCUUUGCUCUCCAGCGCCCCCUCCCCCGUGAAACUGGCUGUGAGGAGGGUGGGAGACACCUGUUGGGGGCCUGGGAGAGGCCAAGCCCACCCGGGCCUCUCCUCCACCCCGCGCCCCCGCCCGCCCUGCCGGGCUCGGGUCCCGCCCCCGCGGCCGCCGCCAGCAGAGCAGCGAGUGAGCGCACCGCGGCCGGAGAAGCGCACCGCGGCGGCGGCGGGAGCGCAAGGUGGGGGACCCCGCACAGGGAACCGAGCCGAGAAGGGGACGCCCGAGAGGCGGGCGGAGCAGAGGGAGCGCCGUGGAGACACCGGGGACAGCGGGCCGCGCCAGGCUGGUGAGUGUGGCCGCGGGGAGCCAGAGAGCGGGCGUGGAGACCCUGCCGUCCCUGUCCCGUUCCGGGCUCUGCCCCCGGCAGGCAUCCUGUUCCCGCUCCUCCUUGGUUCUAGUCCUCUGCGUCUCUGCCCCGUCUGUUUUCUGUCCCCCUCUAUUUUACUGUCUCACCCUGUCUCUUUCUAAUCUUUCUUCUGUCUCUGUCUCCUGCUGCUUCGGUCUUUCUCCGUCUCUCUCAACCCUGGUCUCACUGUUUCUCUCUGCCUCUGUCUCUGUCCCUGGACCGCUUGUCACUCAGGUCUUUGAUAUUUUUCUCUUGCUCCUCCAUCUCUUACCUUCUCUGUCUCUCUACUCAAUCCAUCUGUCAAUCUCAUCUCUCCCUAUCUCUGCUUCUCUCCACAGUGGUCCCUCUCAGUCUCUUGUCUCUCUCCAUAUCUCUGUCGCAUCUCCAUUUCUAUCCCUGUAUCUCCCUGUUAUUGUCUCUCUUGGAUCUUCCUCUCUCCUCCAUCUCUCUCUGUUUCUCGAGCCUCAUCACCCUCUUUGAUCUGCUCAGUCUCUAUCUGUCCUCAGUCAAUGCCCAUUUCUGUCUCUUUGGGUCUUGUCUCUGUCUCUCCUGCUGGCUUUCUCUCUGCCGACGACCUCUGGGAGAGCUCUCUUUCCGCCUUCUUCCUUAUGGUCCUGCUGUACCUCCCUGACUCCAUGACUGCCACCUCUUAUGCUGGGGGUUGUGGGGGAGCAGGGCCCCAACACCCGUAAUUCCCUCCCCCACAGGCAGCCCUUUCCUCAGGGCCCCGCCUGGUGCCAGCACCCCCAGCAGUGGGGGGACUGCGCCUGGAAGCUGUAAUGGAGGCCCUGCAAAGACAGCAGGCGGCCCGGCUGGCCCAGAGGGUGGGGCCACUGGCCCCUCCACGCCCACCACCACCACCACCACCACGACCUUCCUUUCCUGGCACCCGGACCCUGCAGGCCCCUGAGGGGGGCUUGGGGAAGGUUGGAGCUGAGGAAGAAGAGGAUGCUCAAGAGGAUGAAGAGGGAGAGGAAGCUGGGCCAGAGGAUGAGGCAGCCGAGGGGGAGAGCCAUCCAGGGACCCAGGAUACCAGCUCACCUUCCAGUCAGCCCCCUGGACCUCAUCCCCAUGAGUGGACCUAUGAGGAGCAGUUCAAGCAGCUGUACGAGCUCGAUGCAGACCCCAAGAGGAAAGAAUUUCUGGACGACCUGUUUAGCUUCAUGCAGAAGAGGGGAACGCCGGUGAACCGUGUGCCCAUCAUGGCGAAGCAGGUGCUGGACCUGUACGCGCUGUUUCGCUUGGUGACGGCCAAAGGCGGUCUGGUGGAAGUCAUCAACCGCAAGGUGUGGCGGGAGGUCACGCGCGGCCUCAGCCUGCCCACCACCAUCACGUCGGCUGCCUUUACUCUACGCACCCAGUACAUGAAGUACCUGUACCCCUACGAAUGCGAGACGCAGGCUCUUAGCUCCCCCGGGGAGCUCCAGGCCGCCAUCGACAGCAACCGGCGCGAGGGGCGUCGUCAGGCUUACAACGCGACCCCGCUCUUCGGCUUGGCUGGACCGCCCCCUCGGGGCACUCCGGGCCCCGCCUUGGGCCCCGGCCCCGCCCCACCCUCGGCCACGCCCACGCCCGCCCCUCGCUCUGCUCAGGGCUCCGCCUCCGGCCUACCGGCGCACGCCUGCGCACAGCUGAGCCCCAGCCCAGUUAAGAAAGAGGAAAGCGGAAUUCCAACCCCUCGACUGGCACUGCCUGUGGGCCUGGCCUUUGGACCUGCACGGGAAAAGGUGGCACCAGAGGAGCCCCCAGAGAAGAGGGCUGUGCUGAUGGGGCCCAUGGACCCACCUCGACAUGGGGCACCCCCCAGUUUCCUGUCCCGUGGCAAGAUUCCCCUCAGGGAAGAGCGGUUGGAUGGGCCUCUCAAUCUGGCAGGCAGUGGUAUCAGCAGUAUCAACAUGGCCCUAGAGAUCAACGGGGUGGUCUACACUGGCGUCCUGUUUGCCCGUCGCCAGACCGUGCCAGCUUCCCAAGGCCCAACCAACCCUGCACCCCCACCCCCGACGGGGCCCCCUUCCAGCACCUCACCCUGAGAGCUUCCAUUUGAAAUUAAGAGUCUCAGCCCCCUUGCUGAGGGGGCAGGAGACACCCCGCAACCUAUUCUUCCAGGGUGCCCAAACUACUACCCAACCCUGGGAGAUGACCCCUUCCCCCCAUGCCAUGUGGACUUGAAGCCAAAGAGAUUUCUUUAGAUGCUACAUCUACCUCAUUGCAAAGAGAGGGCCCCUCCUCCCUGGCCAACUCCAGCACCAUCUACCAAAGAGUUCUGCCCCCAGUAACCCCCAUCAUCUCAUGUGCUCUCUUGUGUCAAUGUCAUGUCUAGGACCCCACCUCUUUGAGUCAGACCUGCUUCUCUUUAGGAGCGGGGUGAAGGGCUGGGUUGGGGUGUUGUGAAGGCGAUGUCCCUCAGGUCACAUCUGGAUAAUAAAGGUGCAGUCCUUCCUCUCCAGUGCCUCCUUUCUUUCUUAUUUGGGUCUGUGAGUUGGGGAGGAAUUAUGUGGUAUACACAGGCUGCGUUGGGCUAGGGGUUCUCAGAGGAAGCCCUCAGGAAAUAGAACAGCAAAGGUCCAGGAGUAGGAGAACUCUGUCUCAUGAAUCAGACUGCCUGAGUUCAAAUCUCCAUUCUGCCACUACAAUGUUGAGUGUCCUUGGGCACGACACUUAAUCGCUUGAACCAUAGAAGACUCCAAAAGAUUACGAUACUCAUGGGGUGUCUAACUGAUCUAUGGAAAUGGGCAAUCAGAAUAAUGGGUAUAUUUAUGUGAACCUUGGGGGAAUGGAAUGGGGAAACCUCUUUGGUACCCUGGAAUUAGGAGAAGAAAGGCAAAGGUUGUUUCGACUAGUAGAGGCUGGAAGUUAGGGGAGGACCUGAUAGAAAUACCCGUCGCCUAGGUUACCAGGGAGCUUCGACACCUUUCUUCGUCCCUUUCUGCCACUUCCGGAACCGAAGGGCUGAAUCGUAGCGUCACUUCCUGUAAGGAGAGGGCCCCAGUCCACUCGGAUUGGCCCGCCUUCUCUAUUAGGACGGACGUCCCGCCCUCUGGCAGUUCCCCGGCUGAGGCGGGGCGGCUGGAGCUAUGGCUGGUGUGACCGAUGUGCAGCGGCUACAGGCCCGUUUGGAGGAGCUGGAGCGCUGGGUGUACGGGCCCGGCGGGUCGCGCGGCUCGCGGAAGGUGGCUGAUGGGCUGGUCAAGGUGCAGGUGGCUUUGGGGAACAUUGCCAGCAAGAGGGAGCGGGUGAAGAUUCUAUACAAAAAGAUUGAAGACCUGAUCAAAUACCUGGAUCCUGAGUACAUGGACCGCAUUGCCAUACCCGAUGCCUCUAAGCUGCAGUUCAUCUUAGCAGGUAGUGCUGGACACGAUGUGCACAUGCAUCUGGGAGGUGAUUGUGGGGGAAGGUGGGCACAGAAAUGGUCUUCCUGCCAGUCCUCUCACGGAUACAGCCCUGGAAAGCUGCUCUCUGGAAUCUGGCCUGGCUCUGGGCUGAAGCCAGAGGCGGUCCUGUGGUCCUCUAGGAGGCAUUGGGUAUGUAUACUUGGGAGCCAUCUGCAGGCCACGGUGCCACCCACAGUGGGAGCUACUCUAGUGUUCUGUCUAAGGCUUGCCUCUCAAAUUUUCUUGCAGAACCUUCCUUCCUUCUGGUCAGUAACAGAGGACCUUCUAGGAAAGGGUGGGGGCAGAGAACAUUGCAUGGACCAACAUCACAGCUCACGGCAAGGCUGGAUCCUUAACCCACUGAGCGAGGCCAGGGAUCAAAUUUGCAUCCACAUGGAUGCUAGUCAGCCUCGUUUCCACUGAGCCACGACAGGAACUCCUUGACAAGCAUUCUUGCCUCCAGAGGUUUGACAUGACAGUCCUCCCUUUUUUUUUUUUUUUUUUGCCAUUUCUAGGGCAGCAUAUGGAGGUUCCCAGGCUAGGGGUCAAAUGGAGCUGUAGCUGCUGGCCUACACCACAGCUCACAGCAACGCCGGAUCCUUAACCCACUGAGCAAGGCAGGGAUCGAACCCGCAACCUCAUGCUUCCUAGUCGGAUUCGUUAACCACUGAACCAUGACGGGAACUCCAAUAGUCCUCCCUUCUUGAAUACCUUUCCCACUCUGCAGCCAUUGAAAACCCCUGUACACAGGGCCAGCCCAGGGCCCGCUUUGCUCAUUGGACUUUCCUGUUACUGUCCCAGCUCUCCAGGAAUCUGUAAUUGUCUGUGUCUCUCAGAUCCACUGAGCAGAACCUGCCUGGUAGUCUUCUGCAUUCUCUCUUUCAGACCUUCCCAGGAGCCCUUGGGUGUGGGGACCUGAAUCUGAAGUAGUUUGUCUCCAGGGGCCUGGGAGGGGCUCUCUGAGUUUGUUGAUAGGAGGCUAGAGGGCAAGGCCUUAAAAUUAAAACUUGGAGGAGUUCCCAUUGUGGCUCAGCAGAAACAAAUCAUAGUAUCCGUAAAGACACAGGUUCAAUCCCUGGCCUCGCUCAAUGGGUUAAGGAUCUGGCGUUGCUGUGAGCUUUGGUGUAGGUUGUAGACACAGCUCGGAUCUGGUGUAGCUGUGGCUGUGUUGUAGGCCAGCAGCUACAGCUCCAAUUCAGCCCCUGGCCUGGGAACCUUCAUGUGUUUCUGGCACAGCCCUUAAAAAAAAAAAAAAAAAAAAGACUACAAAACUUGGAGAAAGGUGGGAUUUGAAGGAACUUAGAGGCUCCUGGGCUCAAGAUAGGUCAGACCAGAGGCACCCAGGAGAGGUGGAGGCAGGAUGAGGGGCUGUGCAUGUAGAGAAGGGGUCAGUAGGCAGAGUGGCUCCCCCAAGCUCCAGGACCCACUGUGUCCCCUGCCUGGCCCUUGGCCUCUUGAAUGGGAGUGGCCAUGUUCAGGCUUGCCUCACUGCCACUGUCUUGUCUGUUUGUGUCUCAGAGGAGCAGUUUAUCCUCUCCCAGGUCGCGCUCCUGGAGCAGGUGGAGGCCUUGGUGCCCAUGCUGGACAGUGCUCACAUCAAAGCCGUUCCUGAGCAUGCUGCCCGCCUGCAGCGCUUGGCCCAGAUCCACAUCCAGCAGCAGGACCAGUGUGUGGAGAUCACUGAGGAGUCCAAGGCUCUCCUGGAGGAAUACAACAAGACUACAAUGCUUCUCUCCAAGCAGUUUGUGCAGUGGGAUGAACUACUUUGCCAGCUAGAGGCUGCCAAGCAAGUGAAGCCAGCCGAGGAAUGAUGGCUGCUGCCCACCCCAGGUGGAUCAGGACAACCAGGCUUCAAGCCCUGGGACAACCUGCCCUUGUAACAGGCAGAGCAGAGGCAGCUCUCUAUUUAUUGGAUUCACACCCUACCUAGACAGGCUUAGGUGGGGCUCUUGCUACUUGAGAUUUGCUAUUUGCGCCCCUCCCCUCAUCAGUGUCCUAGUCCAGUGACAAUAAACUGUGGAGAUCAUUGAA